CGGUGUCUCGGACCGAAAGCAGAAAUUUGAGCCUGCCGGCUCGCCGUCGUAAAACCGGCGGCCAUCUUGUGUGCGGUUGUGGUAGUAGCAGCGGCAGCAGCAGCGGCUGCGCUUCGCCGGCUCCAGGCCUUUCUCGUCCGGGGGGUGCUGCCGCGGUUGUGUGGAAGCCAUGUCUGCGGAGAGCCCGGAGCCCGCUUCGGCGGAGGAGCAGAAGGAAAUGGAUGACAAGGUGAUUAGUCCUGAGAAAGCUGAAGAAGCAAAGUUGAAAGCCAGGUAUCCUCAUCUGGGACAAAAGCCUGGGGGCUCAGAUUUCUUGAGGAAGCGGCUCCAGAAAGGACAAAAGUACUUUGAUUCUGGGGAUUAUAAUAUGGCUAAAGCAAAGAUGAAGAACAAGCAACUUCCUACUGCAGCUCCCGAUAAGACUGAAGUUACAGGUGACCACAUUCCCACUCCACAGGACCUUCCACAGCGGAAACCAUCUCUUGUUGCUAGCAAGCUGGCUGGCUGACUAGACUGGCAGAACUGCAUGAAUCUUCUCAUUCCCUUAAUUUUUCCUUAAUAGUUACUUCUCACAUUUUGUUUCCACUAAGUCAUUGACUGACCGCUUUGCAGGUAGUGGUAGCGUGUGCUGCUAUUGUAAGAGAGUCCUGUUAAGAAUUAUGUUGCUUAGUCCUUGGAUGAGUUGAGAACAAUGCACUGAUUUUUAAAAAAGGACACAUUUUGUUAGAGCAAUGUAAAGUAAAUCUACUUGAAAAAAUGUACAUAUUACCUAUUUACUAGUGUAGGGCUGGUUCCAGCAAGUGAUAUAGCAAGUUUGAGAAUUUUAAAUGUUUAUGCUUUCCUUAGUUCACCUUAAUUACAGCGUAGUAUGUUUGUAUUGAAUACAACCUCUUGUUGUGUUUCUUCUUGUGUUUUGGUUUUGUAAACUAGAGGUUUUAGACCGCAAGUUGCUAGAAGGUAAAGCAUGUAUUAAAAAAAGAUGGGGCUCUGACUUAAUUUGUGUUUUUGCUCUUGAACUUGAAUGGCCUUAAACCUACUUCAGCUUUAACAAUAGAUUUUUACUUGGGCAAUAUUUGCUCAUUUUGGUGUAAUUCUUGUAAACCUCGUGCUUAUUGACAACUGCCUGUUGAAGCUGGUAUUCCUUUUGGUCCUGUAGUGUAGAACACAUUUUUUAAGUGAAUGAAGUGUGCAUGUGCAUAGACUGAAUUCACUUUUGUGCCAUUUCUGUAAAUAAGAAAGAUUUGCACAAUUUUUGCAAAUAUGUUAUCUUUACAUUUUAAAAAAAAUGUGCCAACUGGAAGCACAAAUUAUCCUGUACCUUUGAAAGUCAUAAUACUCUUGAGUCAAACCGACCAUGCUAAAAGUAACUGUUCAAGGUCUGGAAAGCACCUAAUGUACUAUGCUGGAUCAGCUUUAUUAGUACAUCCCUUCUCCAUGUGUCAACAAAUGGCCUACAGUGUUCAGUCUGAAUAUAUACUAUAAAUAUAAAUCACUUAAGCUAGUAUAUCUAAGGUAAGGGAGUUCCACUUACUUCAAGGGGAUUAAAUUGAUUUAAAAGCAAGAAUAUCACAUCAAGCAACUUGUAGAUCACACUGGAAGGAAUUCCAUUGCUAUUUUAUGUGCUUUUCAGCAUACUUUAAAAUCUAAACAUUUUAAAAAUUGGUAUGAACUGCAGGAUGUUUGGAAUGUGAAAAUAAGGGUAAACCUGUGCUGCUAUUGAAAGUCUCUGACACAUAAAGGACCUCUAUAUCAGGAGUAGUUGGUUCCAAAAAAACCUCAAACAAGCCCAACCCCCAUUUUUGUAUUGGGAAGUGAAGGUGAUAUUGAUUUUUAUAUAUAUAUGUAGUAUCGUGAGUCAUGAUAAACAUGCAAAUUCUUUGAUGCAGUAAAAAGAAGCGUGCUUUGAAAUGUACAUUAUAAAUAUUUCACAAGGGCCUGUCUUAAAUUUUUGGAUAUAAAUGGAUAUCUAGUACAUAUGUAAAACUAGUUGACAUCAAAGAUAGCAUAUUAUCUCUCAAAAGGAAUUUCAGAUUCUUGUUGUCUCGACAUCCUCACUCCAAGAGAAUCAGACUCUUAACUCCUUUUGGUUUAAAGAGAGUGAGGCAUGAGAGCUACUUUUCUUUGUUACAUUAGGCAGUUAAUGGAUUGGGACUCUUCCAAGAGGAGUCUUUGAAAACAUAUGAUAAAGGCCCUCUAACAAGCACAUUUGAGACAAAUAGUAAAUCAUGUCGGUCAACUCUGACAUAUAUAAUACAAAUCAGAAGGCCUGGUUUUCAGAGGUACUGAGCACCACUAAGUCCCUUUGAUUUCACACCCUCUCAACUUUUUGUUUUGUUGAAAAAAGCAUCUAACCCAGUUUCUGGAGCAAAAGUAGAUAUAUUAUUAUGUAUGGGUGAUAGGUUUAGAUUUCCUGGAAAUUAAUUUAAAGGUUAUUUGUGCAGGGUUAUUUUGUUAGCAUAUCAAUUUUUGUCUAUGGGUAGUAAUUCAGCAAGGCCUAUUCUCAUUGUAGCCAACUUUGAUUUAAUCUCCUUGUGGCAUUUGAAUUGAGUAUAUUUAUUGAAAGACUUAACAGUGAAGUUGAUACUUGGUUUUUAGAAGUUACAUUGAGGAGUAGACAACCCUUAACUGUUUGAUGCAAGAGCAAACUUUUGCAAAAGGUUGUCUAAAUGGACGUUCACAAUUUAUUUUUGUACAGAUAAGAGCAAAAGCUAGGCAUUAUUAGAGUUGACUGUGGCCUAAAACUAGUAGUUCCUAACAGAAAAUGAAUUGUUGUAUUUUCUAGUUGCUACUGCACUGCAGAUCAUAGUAAGGUGAACUGGUUUGAUUUGGAGGGAAGUAAACAUACAGUCAUGUAAAUCUAAACAUUCCAUUCUCCCAGUUAUAGGUUGCUAUUUUGUAUUAUUGAUGUAACUGUGCAAAGUGUUAAUGUCCACUAAUGAAAUGUUUAGACUGUAAAAAGAACAUGAGGUGGUGAUCCAUGAGAAUAUCUACAACAGUAUCAAGCACUUCGGCCUGCUUUGAUGGUGAUCCUGAGUCUCUGGAUAAACUUCAACAAUUGACGAUAGUUUGGUCAUCUACACUGUUAAGGAUACAAGGAGCUAGAUCAACAAUAAUUUUUUAGAAGAUCAAAUGUAUGGUUAACUUGCAAUUUUCAGCUUACUCCAACAAUAUAAAGCUGUAAAGCUUGUGUAUAUAACUGUAUAAUAUAAGUUUUACCAUUUGAUAAUGACCUUUUUCAGAGAUCUAUCUGCACUAUAGUCUAGCAAUCUAUUUGCUUUAUGCAGUGACUAGUACUUAAGUAUGUCUAUACUGAAGACAGGAUGUAGUAGCCCCCGACUCUUCCCAAUAGUUACUAGUGGAGUAAUCAAGUGAUUCAAAGGUAUUCUUUCCCCUCACUCCCAUCCCACCCAUUCAUUAUUCAUUGUCAUAGAAGAGUAUAUGUGCAGAGGCCAGAAAAGGACUGUUUAGUUCGAUAUGUUCCUUAAUGCAUCCCUGAUACUCAAGCAUUAAAUUUCAGUUGCUCCGUACCAACAUCUACCCUGUAUAGUACACAUAAUAAAUUCAACUAAUUUUUUUCAUUGCUCUGUAGAAGUUUGUCUGGUCUUUUACUGUGUUUCCCCCUACAACUGUAUUGCAUAUCUUUUUGGCUAAAGAAUAAAUAUGCAUAAGACUUGCUUCACAGUUCCUAAAAAAGAAAGAAAGUAUGAUGGCCUCUUUUCUAGUAUGUAUUUAACUAUGAAACUAUAAUAUACCUUACUGUACCUUUAUAUACAUCACUACUUAUUUUUCUAAUAAUAGUAUUAAAGCUUAUUGUUUGACUUUAA